UCAUAGUUGGAGAUGAAUUGAAUGUGAGUCAUUUGUUGAGAGAGAGAGAGAGAGAGACAAGGGCCAACCAAAGAGGGCUUUAUCAGGUCAGGAGGAGGGAGAAGGGCGGGAGGAAAGGGAAAGCCAACCGCUUCUAAUUCUGCAACAUUUCCAUGGCGGACUCGCUGAUUUGCCUUGCGUUUUUGUUCAUCUUCAUCUCCGCUUCUUCAAUUCGUCCUGUUUCGUCCUCUGCUGCAUCUCUAUCCUCAUGCCUUCCACACUCAAACUCCUUUCUUUACGAUCUGCAGCUUCAAUGCACCGAUGCAAUGCCUAUCUCUUCCCUGAUUCAGAUUGAUGGGGAAUCUCUUGACAGUAUGUUGGACUUGAGUUCAGAGAAUGCAUACACUGCUGUUCUAUUUCAUGCUUCCUGGUGCCCGUUCUCAGUUGCUGUGCUUCCCAAGUUUUCUGCACUCAGCUCUCUGUUUCCUCAAAUUCAGCAUGUAAUGAUCGAGCAAUCUAAUGUCAUGCCAAGCCUUCUUUCGAGGUAUGGGAUUCACAGCUUGCCGGCAAUUAUUUUGAUGAACAAGACAGAAAAAGUACGGUAUUAUGGGCAGAAGGAUCUCGUCUCCUUGGUGCAAUUUUAUAAGAAUAAUACAGGAAUUGAUCCAGUUCUGCAUUUGACUGAAGACGAGAUCCCAGAAGCUCUGGAAAGAACUCAAAUCUUAGAUGGGGAACCGUACUUAGUUUUUUCAGUAUUGUUUGUCCUCUUCAGGACAUUGGUGUAUUUCUUCCCACGGAAUUUGUACCAUCAGAUUGCAUUGAGGGUUGCUAGCAUGACUCGCCUUAAUUGGGGGUUCCUUGUGGGGUUGAGCCACCUUUUGGGACGUGUUAUACAGUUGAUCGAUGUGAAGAGUAUGUGGGUCAAGCUUAAACUCUGCAAAACACAAAAUUUUCACAGGGCGGGUAAGAGCAGCGCUCGUGUUUGGGCAUCUUCUUUUGCUUCUGUGUCAUAAUAUAUAACUUGUGGGUGAGAAAGAAGGUACACAUCUUGGCGCUUAAUAUUAUCUUUAUUAUUAUAAUUAUAAUUAUUAUUAUUAUGCAAUUUGGCAUAAGCCCUUAUCUCUCAAUUUGUGUGUGUGUGUAAGUUGGAACAAAAAAUAGAAAUGUGAAUCUGUGACCAAAUUGUUCCUGUGUAAUCUAUUAUUGCUGGAGAGGGCAUUUUUGUAAUUGACAGCUCUAUUUACAGUUUACAACUUUGGUCAAACAAGGUUAUUUCUCUUA